GUUUAGCGAAAAACGGCUGGCUGAACGUAGGAAAGUUACUGUAAUUCUUGCACUGACUCGGUGUGAAUUUUCGUUGAAUGUGAAUUCUGAGAAUGUCUGGGUCAUUAUGUCGUCAUUUGGCCAAAAAGGCAGUUCCAUUGAUUACAGGGAAAAGAGUGCCAGCGUACCACACAUCGGGACAGUGUUUAGCAAAGAAAAAACAUGUCACCAAAGAUCUUAUUAAUCACUCAAGAAUUCGAGGCAUUGACAUUCUCCGAAAUCCAAAACUUAACAAGGGAACAGCCUUCACACUGAAAGAGCGUCAGUUGAUGGGCAUCCAUGGCCUGAUUCCUCCAGCUAUUCGUCACCAGGAUGAUCAAGUGGUACGGGCAAUGACCAACUUCCACAAACGGAGCAAUGACCUUGACCGCUACAUCUACCUGAAGGCGCUCCAGGACAGGAACGAACGGCUCUUUUACCGAGUGCUGGUUGAGCAUGUGGAGUUGAUGAUGCCUAUCGUCUACACACCCACAGUGGGCCAGGCGUGCCAGGAGUAUGGGAUUGUCUUCAGGAGACCACGAGGUCUCUUUUUGACUAUCAAUGAUGCUGGACAUCUUUAUGAGAUGCUCUGCAAUUGGCCAGAAAGAGACAUUAAGGCCAUUGUCGUCACAGAUGGCGAGAGAAUUCUGGGUCUGGGUGAUCUAGGUGCCUACGGGAUGGGUAUCCCUGUAGGAAAGCUGUCCCUAUAUACUGCUCUUGGAGGCAUCCCACCUGAACAGUGCCUGCCAAUUAUGUUAGAUGUGGGCACAAACAAUAAGAAAUUACAUGAGGAUCCAUUGUACAUUGGAUUAAACAGACCACGAGAGACGGGAGAAAAGUAUGAUGCUCUUAUUGAUGAGUUUUUGCAAGCUGCAGUCAAGAGGUUUGGACAGAAUGUUUUGAUUCAAUUUGAAGAUUUCGCCAACCACAACGCUUUUCGGUUUUUACAGAAAUACAGAGAUUCCUACUGCAUGUUUAAUGACGAUAUUCAAGGCACAGCCUCGGUGGCAGCUGCUGGGAUAAUUGCAUCAAUGAGAAUAACUGGGAAGAAAUUGGCUGAUAAUGUGUUUGUUUUUCAAGGAGCAGGGGAAGCAUCCAUUGGAAUUGCAUCACUGUUGACAAGUGCUCUGGAAGAUGAAGGCAUCUCCCAUGAAGAGGCUCUCAAAAAGAUUUUUCUUGUCGAUUCCAAGGGUCUCAUUGUCAAGCAUCGUGCCGAAGGAGGGGUAACUGGACAUAAAGUAGUGUUUGCCCAAGACCAUAAACCAAUGACAGAUUUGGAAGAAAUUGUGCAGGAAAUAAAACCAUCAGUUCUUAUUGGAGCCGCAGCCAUCCCUGGAGUAUUUACAGAAAAGAUCUUGCGUUCAAUGGGUAAAAAUAAUGAGCGGCCAGUAAUCUUCUCUUUGAGCAACCCGACUUCCAAAUCAGAAUGCACUGCCCAACAGGCUUAUGAUUUCACUGAGGGCCGAUGUGUGUUUGCCAGUGGAAGCCCUUUCCCGCCCGUUAUGUACGACGGUAAAACCUUUCACCCGGGUCAAGGUAACAAUGCCUACAUCUUCCCCGGAGUUGCGCUGGGAGUGACAUGUUGUGGAGUGCACCAUGUUCCAGACAGCAUCUUUCUGAAUGCUGCGAAGGCUUUGGCCAAGCAGGUCACACAAGCGGAUCUGGAUGUAGGCCGGGUGUAUCCACCACUGUCCAAUAUCCGCGAAGUUUCUCUCAACAUUGCUACCAAUCUGGCAGAGUUUAUGUAUUCCAAAGGUUUGGCCUCACACUACCCUGAACCCUAUGACAAGAGGGAGUUCAUCCAAGAACACAUUUACUCCACAGACUACGAGUCUUUUGAACCAGACACAUGGGAUUGGCCCAUUAGAGACCAGGAAGGACACCAUCAUCACCAUGAUUAGACCACAUUUACAGUGUCUUACAACACAGAGAGAUUGCUCUUUAAACAAAUAUUUCAACUAUUGCUUUCCACAUUUUGUUUUCAGGUUGAUAUGUAAUUUUGAGAAGAAAAACUAAAUCAAAAAUGUUUAUUUCACUUUGUCAAAUAAUUGGAAUCCAGUUUAUAAUGUUUAUUGCGGACUGUGUUUGAUAUUACUACCGAUAUGUUUAUAUGCUGCAUUUCUCUAUCAAACCUUUUUCCCCAUAGUUAAACAUUAAUUUAUUAAUUAAUGGGGAAUUAUUUUUGCAGUGCUCAGUUUAAAGUUUUUGUUAUUUUGAUUCUAUUUAGUUUUGUUUGCAGUUAUUACAUUUACAGUUUACAGUAGUUUUGAUGAUGUAUACUUGUUUAAAAUAUUUAUGUAUAGCACAGAGAAUGACCCUAACAUGUUGUAGAUUUCCUGAUCUUCCCUUAUAGGUUUUCAAUAAGCCUAUUAAUCUUAAUUUUCUUCUUAAGGGUUUUUGUCCAAGCCAUCAGGAUUUUUUUUUCCAUUACAAUAUUUGGAAAUCUAAUUGAAAAUCAUAGCAACAAGUUUUGAUAAAUACAGAAAUAUCUGCUCUCGCCUUUCAUUAUCUGUGGAAGUUAAGAACUUGUUAAUUGUGUUAACUGAAUAGAUAUAAAUAUACCAGAAUAAAAACAAGAACAAAUAUUUCAUUGUUGAAUGCUGUAUUGCAUUGCAAUAUUGUUGUCUUGAUGAUGUCACAAUUUACAUUUUAAAGAAAUGUUUGCUAUUUGUAAAGAUCUGUAUUUACAUAUUCAGGGAUUACUGCAAUUUGAAGUGUUGCCACUGCCUUAGAUAAAAUGCGAUUCUAUUCUUUUUAAAAACAUUUUUUUAAUUUUAUCCUUAUUCCACAACAAAUUCACAAAAUGUUUUGCUUAUGUAAUAAAAUUGACUUUUGUCAUUCAGUAUUUGACAUGUUAGAGUUGAGUUAAUAAAUUUUUGCUGAAGCAACAACUUUUUAAUUUUUUAUGAAAAUACUGCCUUCAGUCUCUGUGUCCAGAGAAAAUAUGCGGGAUAUUUUUUUUUAAACAUUUUUUAAAAUUAAUUUUUGUGAGCAUGUUUGUUGUAAUUAAGUUGAGUAAGACACAGAGUUAAAGGUACAUUGUAAUAGUUGUUGCACAUGUGAUAUUUUGCCAAUGUUACAUUUAUUUGUGAUAAAUAACCACAAAUUAAUACAUACCACAGUCAAUCUUUUCACAAUUCACUCUGAUAUAACACAUUUACCUGUCAGUCAACACGAAAAUAUGUGCACAUAUAAUAAAUAAUAAUAAAUUACAGACAUUAGCUAAGAGGUACCGCAUACAUCUCAUGACAGAUAAAAAAUUAAGUGAUUUAAGUUAUGUCUAAAUAGUACUAGCAAAUUGAUGUAACUUGACUCAUUAACAGUAGCAAAACCGGCACCAACAUUUUACUCAACAAAAAAAUGUAAACAUCAAUGAAUGUUUUUGGAAAAGUGAUUAAUUGGUGCAAUAAGUAAGACCAAUUUAUUUUUGUUUGUUUAGAAUAUUUUGGUAUCAAUACUGUGGUCGAGUAAUGCAGAAUAAGUAUGAAAACACAUUAUUUAUUUAUUUGGUGGAUUUUUUUGGUCAGUGUGUUCUUGGCUUUUGUUUGUAAAUAUAAUAACUUGCCAACAAAAUAAUCACUGCUGUAAUGUUUUAAAUAUUAAAACUUCAAUAACAUCAGAGUUAAAUCUUCCUGGCAUCGGAAUUAAAACUUCCUGAAGUUAACGUACAUAACACUUUAUGCAAUGUGUGUAUUUGUCUCACCUUUACAAAGUAAAUAGGCGAGAUAUAGGUAUUACUUUUCUUAUGGUGAUGGCAGCGACAACAAUGUUAACUUUUUCAUUAAAGUUUAACAUAAUGUUUAACAUUGAAGUUUAACACUGAAGUUUAACAUUAAAAUUUGGUGUUUAGAUCAGAUUCUCACAAACUAUAAGUGCUUUGUCGGUGAAAUUUGGUUUAUAGUUGCACCUUUGGAUGUUCAUCACAGUUCACCAGUUUUGUUUAUGGUAGAUGAGACAUUUAAUUCCGUGGAAUUCUAGUAUUUUAUUUAGUGUUCAGUAUUUAACAAUUUAGUAUGUUCAUACUUAUAUUACUUUCCAUAAUUUUAAUACUUAAUCCAAGCGUCUACAUAUCUUUGAUUAUUUAUAACAAUCUAUCUAGUGUGGGUAUGUAAUUAUAUGUUGUGUGAUAUAUUUUCUGUUGUUUUACUAUUAAUAUGGUGUUAAUUUUUUUUUCUGUCGGGGUGUUGUAAAGGUUAUUACUUAAGAAUGAUUAAGACAAAAUAUGAAGAAAGUAUGAAAUUUCUCAAAUAAUAAGCUUUGUGUUUAAAUUGUCAGUCACCAAAUCACACAAAAUACAAAAUAAAGUUGAAUUUGGCUACAUUGUUUUGGAAUUCACAUACAUUUUGUAGAUGUACUGCCAUUCGUACUAUUUGGCUAAUUGAAACGUGACUUGUCAAUAAUUUUAGGGUCCAACAUAAGCCAUGUAAAUGCAGUGUUGUUACAUGAAAUAUUUUUAGCCUGUGUUCACUCCACAUUUGUACAUGUAGGCUAUGAUACGUGGCAAACUGUACUUUAAGAGGAAUGGAAGUAAUCAUUUGCUUAGAACAAACUCUUAAAUUAUAAUAAAAACAUAUUAUUAUUUAUAUUUGUAUAGUCAUAGUUUUAUCUCUCACGUUAAAACAAAAAUAAUUUAAAAUGUUUUUUAUAAAAAUAAUCUAAAUGUAUAGAAUUGAACCAAUAUUCACCAGCUGAAGUUUCCUCACAACACAACUUCUAAUGAAUAGUUUAUCAUCAAGUUGUAUUAUACACAAUUUAAAGGUUUCAUUUUAAAACUGAACAGUGUACAUAACACUGGAUCUAGUUCAGUAGACAACAGGUGUAGGUUAAAUAUUUUUGUUUCAUGGGGGAGGGAGGGUAACAACACCAUCUUGAGAUGUUAUAUUGUAAAGGUUGUGAAAACUUGGUUAAGCACCUUUAAGGUAUGCUAUCUUUUUAAUAGUACAAGCCAGUUGUAAAGAAUACAUGGCAAAGAAUAGUGGGGUGGGGGAGGUAAGAGGUGUUUGUAGCUUCUUUUUCUUAAAAACCUAGUCUUUGCAUAGUGUGGCUUUAAUGAAUUUGAACAAAACUAUAUACCGGGUACAUGUAUAUGAUGGCUGUUUAUUUCACCAGUUGUAUGUUCCUUUGUUUUUCUUCUAAAAACAAUGUUGUGUUAAUCCUAUUUUUUUUGGUAUGUAAAAUGGAUUGUUUUAAUUAUGUUCACAAGCUGCAUAUCGUUGUUUAUAUUAAAACCAAUGAGUGUAUAUUUUGUAUCACUAUGUGAGGAUACAAAAGCAGGAAUAAAUUUGUGUGUGUGUUUUUUUGUUUUUAGCAUAAGUGAAUUUAUUCUUAUCUAUACAUAGUCAUGUUAUAUUAGUGUUAAGUGAGACUCCGAUCUUGUUAUUCUACUAAACACUUGUAUUUCUUUAUUGUUACCAUGUCAUUUGUGAUGAAUAGUGAUGUUGUAUUGUACAUGAUGUUUGAAGGGUCCAUGAGAAUAACAUAUGAUUUUACACUUUUGGUAUUUUGAGGUAAUUGAAUUUAAAGUUUACAACUUAGGAAUGCAAUCGUGAAAUAUUUAUACCUAAGCCAGGUUGUUUUACCAACAACCCUUAAUGGCCUACCGUAAUUAUAGAUUUUUAUUUCAUUGUGUUACUGUGACUUUGACAUGCACAACUUUAUGACAGUGACUCUUAUGAUUGGACAUCACAGGUUAUUCCAUUGUAUUAUGUUUUUGAUAAUAUGACCACUUGUUCACAAUGACUCCACAUUAUUUUUCUUUCAUUAUUUACUGCUUUCUAUUUAUUGACCAAAUUAUAUAAUAUAGUGCUACAAUAAUUAGCUUGACCGAAAGUGAGGAAUACAAAUGUUACUUGUUGAAUGUCACUGAAAUAUACAUUGCAUGGCAUUUCCUAUCAAAUGCAUUUUAAAUACUUUUAUAGUGUGUGAAUGAGCAUGUUAUAUUGCUGGAGUAGUUUGCACUUAAAAAGUACAUAUUCUGUACAUAGGUUAGAGCAGAUAAUUGACAAAUAUGUCAAAAGUGGACAUCGUAGGUUAUUCCUUGGACCUCUUCCUUUGUUUUACCCCAAAAUCACUGCUGUAAUAAUACCGGUUAUCACAAAGUUUUCGACCACUUAAGGAAUAUUUCCAUUUUUGAUUGGAUUAACAAUUUACAGGAUGUUAAAAUCAAAAGUGAUUGGUUUUUCAAGUUAUUGUACGAGUAAAUAGAAAGAAAUAACUCAGUUGCAGCCGUGUUGUCCUUCUGAUACUACUAUGUGAUAAUUACAAUGUUUGACACUAAACAGGUGCUAGUGGUGUCAUUAAAAAGAACAAAUUUCCUUGUUUUACACUUGUUGGUAUAUUAGUAUUCUCCAUUAUUUUUUGUAUUGUUUUAUACCAUCACAAUAUUUAAAUACUCGGAAAUGUUAAUACUUGAUAGCACUUGGAUGUACUUUUAAUGUAUUGUGUGUAAUAUUGUUUAGUAUAAUUGCUUGUGUACGGGUCCUUUAGCAGUGCUGACAUAUAUUUCAGGUUUGCAUGCAUCAUGGACAACCAGUGCCAGAUUUAUAAGGGGGCAAAGGGGGCAAUUGCCCUGGGCCCCCCUGCCAGAGGGGCCCCUCAAACUAAGGACUUCCUUUAUAAAAAAAAAAAAAGUAAUAAUUAUAAAAUUAGUUCAUUUUUUUAUUUGUCAUAUAAUUUAAUUUAGAUGUUGAGGGGCCCCUGAACCUAAAGUGUCCCGGGCCCCUCAAGGUCUAAAUCCAGCCCUGUGGACAACUCUGGGAAGUGCUUAAAAAUAUAUUCACUCUGCAAAGUCCUUGAAACCCCUGGAAAAAUAAUCUACCAUUCUGAAUUUGUUUUAGUGAUUAUCCCAAAAUGUUUUCAAACGAUUUUCUAAAUAAAUGGUAAUAGGUUAUCAGUUCUGUUGAUUUUGCAGUCCUGUGCAACCCUGUCAAUAAUGAUGAGUGGUAAACUCCCAUUGGUUAAAUGCUAUGCAGGAAACAAACAUGUCAUGAGUUUGUGUCAGAUUGCAAACUUGUAUUACUAUUAGUGAACAAUGUCUGAAAAACAAAUGGCCAAAAGAUACAAAUAUAUCUUGUAUAUUUUAGCAUUACUUCAACAGAUGGUAGCUUAAUGUUUUGACCUGCACUGUCAAAUGCUAAUCUACUAACUACCCCCAGUAAACGUAUCUGCUUAAGCUGUUUACAGCAACGGAUUCAUUUUAUAUUUAUAUAUAUAUAUACUCAUGGAAAAGUUCCUGUGCAUGUAUUGCAUUAUAUAUUAACCAGUAUUGAAUAAAAACUCUGAUCAUAUUUAAUAAAUUAUUUCAUAGAUAAACAUUACGAGACAAUUUGCACAAUUAUUGUGUCCACAGGAGUUUAAAAUUUCAAACAUUUUACAGUUGGUUUGAGACCAUUUUAUUUGGUGCACAGGAACUUUUUGAGAGUAUAUUUUUACCUUUAUUUAGAUGCUUCUGCUUAUUUAUUAAAAAUGUAAUACAUGUGCUUUAGUGUUAAAUGUACGUAAGUAAUGUUAUUUUUCACAAUUGUUUGCAAUAAAGCAUUAUAGAGCUUUA